AUGGCCGCCCUACAGCGCGUUCGGGCAUUCUUUCGCGAUGCGAUGUUGGACACAAUCGUCCCCGAAGUCUCGCAACCAAUUCUUCCAGAAGUCCUGGAGAGUACCUCCGAAGCAGCGACAGAGGAUGAGUCAUCGCUGAUACCCAUCAAACAGCGGCGCCAUCUGUACUUUGAUGAAAGAUUGACGGUGUAUGUUGUGUUACGGAUCGUCAACGGCGCAGAAGAAGCGUUGAAGGAGUAUCUACCUCGAUUAGAUAUCAGACUUGACGUGCAUGCCAUCGGCAACUUUUCAUCCCAGUCGAAUCAGUCGAAUCAGGCGGACUCAGGAGGUUAUCGAGGGUCUGAGAAGGACCUUGUCUUCUCUGGCCACAUCCACAAUGACAGAGAUCCGUUCAUUGUGGUCAAUGCGGACGAGGAGCCAUCGAAUCAUAAUCAAUCUACCAUAUUAGCCAUAUGGGCGACCGAGGCAGUUCUGAAUCGCCCUCGUUUCCGUUUGCCAAACGCGACAGUAACCUUUACAGCUUCCGUGAAGCUAAGACCUGCGAAGCAUGCUGACGGAAGUCCAAUUGACGAUGAAUACUUACCGCCUCUUGUUCCGGCACCCACCAAUAUACUUGAGCGGUUGAAAACGAUCCCAGCUCUGGAAGACCGUGCACCAUAUCUUCCGGCUUCUCGAAUUGAAAGUGUGCUUCCAGGUCCGCAGAUCGAUUCCGAGGCACUGCACAUUCGGCAUCAGCCAACGAAACGUAUAACUAUCAGUCCAGCUGUCUCAGCACGUAUUCGAUGCUCGCGUAUGGCAACGAAUUUUCCACAUCCAACUACGAUCGCCAGUCUGGACUUUGAGGUGACUCCAUUCGCGACCUUUGAUGUCUUGCUGGACCGUGCCAACGUUUCACUUGCUUCUGACGGCAAGAUUGAGGCCAUAAGUCCUCUCCCCAUGCCAAUCAGAUGUCGACCUAGGAGCACGGUCACAUUUCUCUACAAGGUCCAACCACCAGCACAUCCAGCAGAGACUCCGUUGCCUCUCCCAACCACAGCGCCAAAUACUGUUGGCUUUCUCGACAUCCUUCUCGAAUCAACCCUCCAGAUCUCCGAAAAAUGUAAACCCACCAUCACCAUGCGCUGGCGCAGCAACGUCGACUUAUCAGUUCCGCCUAACGCGCGCCUUGGCCCUUCUUACCCACGACUUCCACUCCACCCACCUGCACCCCUCCAAGCCAGCCGACCGACCUCACUCACAACCACCACCACCACCACCACCACAAAACCUCCCCCUUUCUCCGGCCUGACCAUAUCCUUCACAUUUCCCCCCACCGCCAUGCUCGGCCAAAGUUUCCCACUAACCCUCCUCCUAACCAACCACACCGCGCACCCCCUAAAACUAGCAAUAAUCCCCAUCCCCCGCCGCCCGGCCAGCUCCUCCACCCAUCAUUCCUCACGCAAACACGCCCCCAAACCAUCCGCCUCGUCUGCGCUUGACCGGCGGCACCACACCACCUCCUUCAAAACCCUCAACAACGCACACCCGCAUCCACCGGUAGACAUGGCGCCCGCAGUGCUCGACGAGAACAUCAUCCAUGCGCUGCAGAAAUCGAGCAUCAACGCCCACACCGACACGGACCUCAUACCCAUCAGUACGGAUGUGCGGGUCGGGCCCUUGGGCAGCGGGGCGUGUCAUGAGGUGCAGCUGAAGCUGGUGGCGCUGAGGGUCGGGGUCUUGAGGUUGGAGGCCGUGAGGGUGGUGGAUCUGGGACGCGAACAGGAGGGAGGGGUGGGCAGCGGAGUCGUGGAUGUGAGGGGCGACGAGUUGCCCGAGGUGCUGGUUGUGGAUGGAAGGGUUGCAUUGGGAAUGGGGGAGAAGGGUGGUAUGGGCAGUAGUUAG